AUGUUCCGUGUGGCCUUGCUCCUUAGCGUCCUGGUGGCGGUGACGUUCGCCGCCACCCCGGACAGGCGUAUCGUGGGCGGGAUCCCGACCGUGGCCGGUGAAGCACCGUGGAUGGUAUCGCUCCGGAAUUCGCUCAACAUUCACCUGUGCGGAGGCACCCUGUUGAGUAACCGGCAUGUCCUGUCGACGGGCAACUGCUUGAUGGGACGAAUCGCAACGGCUACGAUGGCGGUAGCUGGGACACGCUUCCUGAACGCGGUGGCCGUACCGUACUGGGGUCUUCAGAUCAUCGUCCAUCCGAACUACAACGUGAACACGCUCGAGAACGAUAUCGCCCUCUUCCAGGUGGCCAUUCCGUUCAUUCUGACGCAAGCGAUCCAACCACUAGCACUGUCCCCGGACAUUAUCGGAACCGCCGUCCGUGCCCGUAUCUUCGGUUGGGGUGCUUCUGUGGCUGGAGGCAGUAACUCUAACGCACUGAACUUCCUGAACGUCAACACGCUGAGCAACGAGGACUGUGCCAGCUUCCUGGGAGCCGAGGGCUGGCGCAUCGGAUCCUCUUCACUGUGCACGCUGACCCGUGAAGGACAGGGCAUUUGCGGUGGUGACGAAGGAGGAGCGCUCGUGCUGGACAACUACGCCAUUGGCGUCGCUUCGUGGGGAAUUCCUUGCGCCACCGGUCGUCCGGAUGUGUUUGUGCGUAUCUCGUCCGUGCGCAGCUGGAUUCUGAACUUCAUCUAA